AAAGCUUCAGAUGUUUUUCCCCAUUUCCCCCCCCGCCUCAUCUACAAUAUUAUAUAACGACUUCAACUUUUCUUUCCCACUUCCACCCUAAGUCCUCCAGCUGCAGAUUCAGAGAUUUAAAGUCUCACAAUAUUUAAAAACAUGGCUGGAAAAGUUGUGCUGCACUAUUUCAAUGGGAGAGGGAAAAUGGAGUCAAUCCGGUGGCUGCUGACAGUUGCAGAAGUUGAGUUUGACGAGGUGUAUCUGUCAACUCGUGAGCAGUAUGAAAAACUCCUGAGUGAUGGAGAUCUCAUGUUCCAACAAGUUCCCAUGGUGGAAAUCGAUGGCAUGAAGCUUGUUCAGACAAAGGCGAUCCUGAACUACAUUGCAGAGAAGUACAAUCUCCACGGGAAAGACCUCAAAGACCGCGUCAUGAUCAACAUGUACUCGGAGGGAGUGAUAGAUCUCAUGGAAAUGAUCAUGAUUUUGCCCUUCAGCGCAGAUCCUAAACCAAAACUGGACAACAUUCAGAGUAAAGCAAAAGAGCGCUACCUCCCAGUGUUUGAAAAGGCGCUGUCUGGGCCCAUAUACCUGGUGGGAGGUAAACUGAGCUGUGCAGAUGUGCAGCUGCUCGAGUGCACCCUGAUGUUGGAGGAGAAAUUCCCAGGAAUCCUCGCCGACUUCCCCAACGUGAAGUCUUUCCAGGGCAGGAUGACCCGGAUUCCCGCCAUCAGCAGGUUCCUGCAGCCCGGCAGCAAGAGGAAGUCCCAGCCAGAUGAAACCUACACAAAGACCAUCAUGGAGGUGUUCAAAAUCAAAAUACCAUUCCCAUAAACUCUGGUGCAUUCCUCACAUUGGCAGUAUGAGCGAUUCAUUACGCAAGCCUAGCCUGUACACCAUGUGGAUCGAUUAUAUCUGCCGGUUUAUGUUAAGAUGAAUACUGCACUAUCUAGAACAAAAUAAAAUUUAGCAUGAAAGGAGUCAUUACGUAACAUGUGUGAGUGAUUUUUUAAUGUGAACGUUUUACUAAAUAAAGUGUUUAUUUUUGAGGAUCAUUCGA